GUCUGGGUACGAUGAAGCUGCAGAUGGAUUGGAUUGGCCUCGAUGUGUACGGCCACGUCGGUUACGGCAACUCGUACGCCUUCUACUCGCAGAAACGCAAACUGGCGGUGGUGGGCACUGUCAACAAUGAGGGCCGGGGGCUUUGGACUCGCAGCGUGGUGCCCAUCCUCGAGGCCGUCGAGGCCUUCCUGCAGCGACACUCGCCGCAGGCCUCUGAGUCAUGACUGAUAUGAAUGCAACGUGUGACGUGUGGGCAUUUAUCUGUCUGUCUGUCUGUCUUUUAUUGGUCAUUUCUCCAGCGAGGCUGCAUGACGCACACACUGACAGACAGGCGGUCGUCAGCCGGUGUGUGUGGCUUGUUGCGUGGCGGGACGGGAGUGUGUGUGUGUGUGUGUGUUUGCGUGUAUGUAUGUGUCGUUGAAAGGUGUUGCCAGCGCAGCACUUGACAUGGAUGGCUGGGUGGGACUCUCACCUCCGUGUGGGAGUUAGUUUUGACGGCCCGUGAGCUGCACGAGUUGCAUCGCGGGCGGCGUCGGUCGGUGGAUUUUUGAUCAUUGCUAUGUUGAUAGCAUGUGGGUGGACGAACAGUUUUCGGUUAUGUGUCUUCAGGACAUCAUCAUUUUGUAGCUUACCAGGUCCCUAUCACUUAGCCGGGCACGCAGCAGCUUGUCUCAGUCCGUCGUGCCGCAGAAUUGCGUGUCUGUGUGUGUGUGUGUGUGUGUGUAUGUGUGUCUGUCCGUUGUUGAUGUGAGCGUGUCUGAGUGUAUCUGUUUGGGUGCGUUUCUCUGUCUGUCAGUGCGUUUCUGUGUCUGUCUGUCUACUGUGUGUUUAUCUGUUUGUGUAUGUGUGGCUGAUUCAGCCAAAGCGUGUCCUACUCACGCAUCGCACGUGCCAAAGGCUGAGGCGCGGGCAUCGAUGUGCCUGCCUCGGCCAUGCUCUGUGCAUGUCGCCAGUCAUGUUAGCUGUGUUUGGG